UUCGACUGCUUCUGCCUAGCGGCCAGGGCGCGACGUUUAAGCCUGGUUUAAGCGGCGGCGAGUCCGUUUAUAAUUGUUCGCAGAUCAAUGCUGCAGUCCGAAUCGUAUAUCGUGGUGCCUCCGGGGGGGCUUGAAGAAAAUUUCCUCAGCCUGGAUGACAUCCUGAUGACUCAGGAGAAGAUCCCUUGUCGGACUGAGAUCGCGCUACCACGCCUUGGCUUCCUGGACAAGGGAAGUGAGGCCGAUCUCAUCCCCGAGGGUACAAAAAUGGAACUGCCUCUUUGGAUGGCCAAAGGGUUGUGUGACCCCAAACGUCGCAUCGUGUCUGCCAACACUCCAAAAGUGUAUAGAGGUGGUUGGCGGACUAUUUUCGGUGCUGAUGCAAAGGUUGUUGACUUGCACAAAAUGGGGCCAUAUUAUUAUGGGUUUGGAACACAGCUGCUGCAUUUCAACAAUCCUGAGAAUACAGAGAUUGCACAAUCUCUCCUACAGACAUUCGUAAAUCGGUUCCGUUGGAUCAUGGAUUCCUCACAAAAUGCAUACAACAAAGACAUUUCAACACUGGUGGCUCAUCUGGACGAACUGGAGCGGGAUUUGUUCCGUGCUGGUCAAAAGGGAUUGAAUGACUUCCAAAAGUGGGAGAAGGGGCAAGCUAUCCAAAUUACUACCUCCUGCUUGGUCCAGAGCUAUGGCAAAAGGAAGUAUUCAGAUUUGGAUGCCUAAAAUUUCUGUAAAGCUGGUCAUAGACAUGAUAAAGUUAAUAAUAUGAAGAUUCCUCUCCAAUAUAUGUGAAUUUCCUUAAAUAAUUGUGCAUAAGUUGUGACGGUUAUUCAGUGAUCAAAGCUAAAGUAGACAGACAUUACAAUGAAAUAAAGCAGAAUUUUACUGAUGGAGUGAUUCCACAGGUACCUGUUCACCACCCACCUUCCAUGCACACUAUGCUACUUAUGAAGUCAAAUAUUUUUACUGCAAUUUAAUUACUUAACUUCGAUGGCGUUUUAGAUUUUUUUUUUGUCACGGGUCUACUUUCAUUUUGAGCCCUGUUUACAUUCACUAUGCAAUCCCUGAAGCAAUAGCUUGUUUAAAAACAAACUAAAUUCCGAAUACUUUCGGUGUCGAGUUUUUAAAAUUGCAAGUUUGAAGCCAGUUGGAAGUGUUUGGUGUAGGUUUGUGCUUGAUACACAGUGCAAUACAGGGGUUUUCUUGUUUAGACCUUUAACGAAGGCUGCACUAAUAUUGAAUCAUUGUUUUCACACUUCCUGAAAACAGGGAAUGUUCUGCCUUUGGAUUUAAGUAUCAUUGGUUAUUUGAAUUUGACCAAAGCUCGCCUUUUUAAUUUUGUGUUUUUAAUUUGGAAAUUCUUCAGUUUAGGUGGGUGACUGGACUAGCUCCAGUAUUUUUCUAUUUUAAUUUGCCUUUGUUUUGGCUCCUCAACUGUCAGUAGGCAGUACCAAAACUUGCUCUGAACUAGAGACAACUUGUACAUGGCAAUUGGAAGAUGCCUUAAGAUGUUGCAGUGCCUCUCCUGCUACUGGUGGGGGCAUGAGAGGUGCAGCUUGUAGUGUCGUUCAAUAGUAACAAUACAUGACCAUGAGAUUUCAAUUCUAAAUCACCAUAUAUUCCUCUGGAUAUUUUUAUCUUAAAGUAUAAUUGUACCUUUGGGUUUCCGUUACCAGCCAGUGGAAAGUAGAUUGUUGUCUAAAUCACUUAAUUUAUAUAACUUGUUUCACAUUGAUGGAUGGAUACAUUUUGCAGUAACAGUCGUGGGCUUCUGAUGAUAUAUUUUUUUAAAAGGUAAAGGAUAUGCAAAAGUGUGUCAAAAUAUUGAUUAUGCAAUCCUCAUCUAAAUAUAUAGAGCUUUUAAUAUAUAUGUACUGUAAGCCUACAUAGAGCUGUAAGUAUACCAACUGCUAAUCUUUUAAUAACUGAACUUUUGAAUUUCAAUUUUGCUUUGAUUUUGUAUCUUUAUGCUGUUCUGUGGUUUUUACAUUACAAAGUUUUGUAUAAAUUGUCACUGAUUUUA